AUGGACGCCGCGGGCUGGAUGAAGUCCCUGCUCCUGGCCGGCGGACACUACAAGGCCGCCAAGACCGAGGCCAACGCGGCACAGCUGCAGCGCCACCUGGAGGUUCUUUCCGGGCAGAAACUCACCCGGCUGUUCGCUUCCAACCAGCAACUGCCCAGCGAAUGCCUGACGUGUCUCGUGGAGCUCCUGGACGACCCAAAUCUAAGCCCUUCCCUCGCUCUCAGCGUCCUCAGUUUACUCUCUCAGCUCGCUACGGACAGUGAGAUCAGAAGCUCUCUCCAGAACACCUUCCAUCUGAAUAGCGUUUUGGCCGGAGUGGUUUAUCGCAGUAGCACGGCCCACAGUGACUCCGUAUUGCUACAGAGUGUCCAGUUCCUGCAGAGAUUAACCUACAAUGUUAGCGUUUUCCAUGCCGGUGCCAACAUGGAUGAACUGAUCACGUACCUGAUAUGUCACGUCCAAGCGCCAGAAGACGAGCUGACGGUGCCUUGCCUGGGACUCCUGGCAAAUCUCUGUCGCCACAACCUCUCCGUUCAAGCCCACGUCAAAUCUCUGAGCUCCAUAAAGGCUUUGUAUCGUUCGCUGAUAAGUUUCCUGGCCCACAGCAGUUUAACGAUCGUGGUGUUUGCCCUCUCGGUAUUAGCCAGCCUCACGCUGAAUGAGGAGGUGGGAGAAAAGCUCUUCCACGCCCGAAAUAUUCAUCAGACCUUUCAACUGAUCUUCAAUAUUCUCGUUAACGGUGACGGAACGUUAACCAGAAAGUAUUCUGUGGACUUGCUGAUGGAUCUCCUCAAGAACCCCAAAAUUGCCGACUAUCUCACCAGGUACGAGCACUUCACUUCGUGCCUCAACCAAGUCUUGGGGCUCCUUCAAGGCAAAGACCCCGACUCCUCUUGCAAGGUUUUAGAAUUACUUCUUGCCUUUUGUUCAGUGAGCGACCUCCGCCGCACCCUCAGCCACGCCAUCCUGGAAGCGUCCGCCUCCGGGAACGCCCGGCUGGGCAGCCGGCCCAAGUCCCCCGAACCGCUGGUGGCUUUGCUGCGCUGGUCCAGCCAGCCCCUGGAAGCCCCCGAGAACUGCUCCGUUCUAGCCCUCGAACUCUUCAAGGAAAUAUUUGAGGACGCCCUGGAUGCUUCCUCCCGCUGCUCCUCGGCCGACCGAUGGAUGACCCUGCUCUUGCCGGCCCUCUCGGACCAGCUUCAGUGCUCCGAGCCCAGCCUGGAGGAGCCCUUGGCCAAGAGGAAAUGUCAGAGGAUGGUCAAGGCCAUGGACGUCCUGCUCACCCUCUGCGGCGACGAUGAGCUGAAAACGCACACGGCUAAGGCGAUGUCGCCCCAGCGAUGCACCUCUCUGAUCGAGCAGCAGUUCGCCUGGCGCGGGAUUGACUUUGCCUUUGGAACCAAAAUCACCGACUCGGAACUGUGCCAACUCGCCGCCGCCGUCAUUUUGAAAACGCUCGACCUGAUGAGUCGAUUAAAGCCGUUGGUACCAGGAAUGGAAGUCAGCUUCUACAAAAUCCUCCAGGAUCAGCGCUUGGUCAUCCCGCUGACUUUUUCCAUCACGUCAGACUGCAGGGAGCAGGUGCAGUCCGGGCUUCGGAUCUUGUUUGAGGCGGCCCCGCUCCCAGACUUCCCUGCCAUCGUACUCGGGGAGAGCAUCGCCGCCAACAAUGCCUACCGGCGCCAGGAAUCGGACCUCACGUCCCAGAGGAUGCAGGCCUCGCUGGCCUCCUUCGCCACCACCGCCAAGAAACUCGCACCCCAGGCCUCCAGCGACGGCCUGUCUGACGUCAGCAUCCAGGACCUGAUCCAGAGGCUCUGUUCGGGAAUGGAGAUGAAGGACCAAGUACCUGACGUGAGACUGUCCGACCUAAUGGCCAUCUACGAGCAGAAGUUAUCGACGUUAGCGUCCAAAGAAAACAGGUUACAGGACCUUUUGGAGGCCAAAGCCCUCGCCCUCGCCCAGGCGGACCGACUGAUUGGUCAGUACCGGCGUCAGAGAGCCCAGUCGGAGUCAGAGACUAGGACGCUAGCCGUCAUGUUGAAGGAAGCGGAGAGGAGGAACGAGGAGCUCAGCGCGUCGUUGCAGGGCCAGCGGGUUGAGGCGGAGCGCGCCCAGAGCGACAUCGAGCACCUCUUCCAACACAACAGGAAGCUGCAGGCCGUGGCCGAAGAGCACGAGCUACUGAAAAGAUCGUACGCGGAACUCACGCAGAGGAGCGAGACCUUGGAACGGCAGGGGCAGGAUCUACAGACCGUGUGUAAUUCGCUGAGCAAACAGAUCGAGACCGUGAAGAAGCUGAAUGAAUCGCUCAAACAACAGAACGACAAAACCCUUGCCCAGUUACUGGAGACGGAAGAGCAGAAGAAAGAAGGGGAGAGACUGCUCCGGGACCGCGAGUGUAAAAUAUCAGGCCUGCAGCAGAAGGUGAAGACCCAGGAGGACAACCUGAAAGUGCGACAGAAAGAAAAGGAAGACCAGGAAGAAGCCAUCGAGGCGCUCAGGAAGGAACUGAGCCGAACCGAACAGGCGAGGAAAGAGCUGAGCAUCAAGGCCUCCUCCCUGGAAGUUCAAAAGGGCCAGCUGGAAGCCCGCCUGGAAGAGAAAGAGACGCUCGUCAAAGGACAGCAAGAGGAGCUGAACAAGCACGCCCACAUGAUCGCCAUGAUCCACAGUUUGAGCGGGGGCAAGCUGAGCCCAGAAACCGUCAACCUCACCCUGUAGGGCUGGGAGACGGAGAGAUGGGGGACACCCCACUCCCAAUCCGGGCCGGCCGCCUCGGUCCCGGCGAAACCACAUUCCGGUCCUCUGUCCCGCCGGACUCGAAUCUCCUCUCCGAGGACCCGCGGAAGGAGAACCAGAAGGUGCGGCUCGAGGCGGGGGAAUCUGCAGAGCGGAAGGAACCGCGGGACUUGAUCUGAAUGAAUUCCUUCAUUUUUAACAUAGCCGGUCAGGCGCGGCUCUGAACCGCCUUUAUUCCACCUGCGGACCUCGCGUGCGUCGGAGCGGUCGGAAGCGUGUGAGCUUGACGGCGGCGUGUCGAUGUUAAGGCAGUUGGGAUCUGUGGCCUAAGAGACCCUGCAGCCAUUUCUGACCCUUCCAGCUCCCUCCCGCCUGAGAAUUUCAAACUGUUGAGGGGCCGGCCCAGCCUCUUCCCUCUAGGCUGUUGGUUUCCAAAAAUCAUUCUCCAUCUGUACGGUGGACUGACACAUCUAUUCGACCACUUUGUCAACAGUUCUAGAUAUUUUUUUUUUAAAGAACUGAAGACACUGGCUUUUUUUUUUUUUGGAACACUUUUGAGGCAUGUGUCCGCAAGGGAAGACAUGUUCCACAUUUUUAUCCCCAAAUUUCCCCAGAGCGCUGUUGGUAGGCGAGUCCCAUUUUGACUGGAAAUCCUAGUCAAAAUGUAUCGGCUCACUGACAGCCCUGGCAGGGAAGGUCUUUUGGAAGAAUGGCCUGCGUGUCGAUGUUUUGGACUGCCCGGGAUGCCAACAAGUACGGUAUGCUGUGUUUGUGCACUGUACAAAUUAGCUCAUUAAGACAGCUGCAGUUGAGUUUCUCAGCUGCAAGGCAGCAGGUAUGCAAACGUAACCUUGCCCUCUGAAAUGUAAACCAAAUCAAGUGUAUUACUGCUUGAUCGGGCUUUAGCCAAGUGACGGCUACGUCAGGCUUUCUGAAAUCCGUAUUUGCAUAAAGUUCUCCGGACCCUUCGGAACCGCCAACGGUUUUUAGACGACGUUAUUUUUUUAAUUGCUACAUUUUUUCCACCCAUGUACAGCCCUCGAUGCUCUUCCCAGCAAAACUACGAGAAGGUUUCGAACUCAAUAAAAUGCCUGUUUUAUGCAGCGA